AUGGAAGAUUUUACUUCCAACAGUGAGUAUCAUUUCAUAAAAAACCUAACACCGCGACUCUAUAAAUUAGACCAGAGUUACAAACUAAACAAACCAAAGCUUAUGCGCGACAUUCGUAUGUUACGCAAAUGUCUUGAUGGCAAGAUCCCUCCAGUCUCUGUCAAUGAUCCUGAGCAACUGCGUAUCCUAAUUAGCAAAUGCAAAAAAAGUUUCGACUUGGAUAUUGAUGCACCCGAUAUUACUGACAGUCGUGACCACGCCAAAAUGAUGGCAGACAAACUGCCAAUGUCACCAGUGAAAAACACCUACAGUGCCAAUGAAAAUGACAAAGAAAUGCAACGAGAGAAUUGUCCGUCUGGGAAAAGCAGUGUACUGCCGUCGGAGGAAAAACAAAAGAAAAAUAAAAAGCGUGAUAAAAAGCGACAUAAAAAACACAAAAGAAAAAAGCGACAUAGAUAUUCAUCUAGUUCAAGCUCUGACGGUGUCAAUGAAGAUUUCAUUAUUAAGAAACGACCCGCGCAUUUUGAUCGCUUUACUAAUUAUUCUGCUAGUUUUUCCCGCCAUUUGGAUUUAACCCUGCUAGCAGCAACAUUCCACAUCUAG